GGGGAUAUUUCGCUGCUACACGCGAUGUUUUGUUGUUUGCCUUGAAUCGGUCCGAAGUUGCAAUGUAGUAAACAUCUAUGAACCAAAAUGAAAGCGAUAAGGAAAACGUUUUAUACUAGUCAGUUAGCUAUAACAUUCGCCUGUCUGCCUGAAGUUCUGUAAAAAAUGCUGUCAAAUCUGUGACGUAUGGAAAUUUGCGGAACACCACAAGAUAACAUUGAGGAAGUAGCUAGCUAGAUUGCUAGCUAAUUGGACAGCUGUGUAAGAGUAACGUUAGCUGUUUAUGUAGCUUUUGUUUACAAUUAGAUUUUAAUCGCUUUUAAUCAUGGACGAAGCAGUCGGCGUCAAUGCAGACCCAGAUAUGCCAUCUGACAGUGAGGGUCGUAGCUCGCGCUGGAGAAAUUGGACUGGUUUUUGGUUGCUGGGGUUGUGCAACAACUUUGCGUACGUGGUGAUGCUGAGUGCAGCCCAUGACAUCUUAAAACAACAAGGGUCUCACAACUCCACAUCACCUACCCCAUCCACAGUUGCCUUGGACGUUGAAGGUGGAAAAGGAAGUCACUACGACUGCAGCCCUGUUUCUACCGCGGCUGUUUUGUUGGCUGAUAUUCUUCCCACUCUCCUAAUCAAGUUCUCUGCUCCAUUCUUCAUCCACAAACUCCCUUAUGGUUUCCGAGUGUUGGUAUGCGUUGCAACAGCAAUUACAAGCUUCCUUCUGGUGUCCUUUUCUUCUACCGUGUGGAUAAGCAUUUUGGGUGUGAUCUUUGCCAGUGUGAGCGCUGGACUGGGAGAGCUCUCCUUCCUCUCUCUCACUGUCUUCUUUAGCAGAGAUGUGUUGGGGGGCUGGGGCUCGGGCACCGGUGGAGCAGGUGUGGCCGGGGCUCUGCUGUACUCUGCUCUCACGCAGGCUGGCCUCUCGCCCAGGAACACGCUGCUCAUCAUGCUGGUCGUACCUGUAGCCAUGGUGAUCAGCUAUUUUUUCCUGCUAGUCUUCCCCCCAUCCUUCCCACAGUGGAAGUGCAGGGAGGUGGAGUCUGUGAGGGGCGGAGACUCACAGAACAGGCGGCCCCUAUUGGAUGACACUGAUGAAGAGGAGGAGCGGGAGAAAGGUGCUGAAGAAGACAAGGUCACUGGACCACUGACAUUUAUUGAGAAACGACACAUCAUUAAAGGUCUGCUGAGGUUUGUGGUUCCGUUAGGAGUUGUCUACUUCGCGGAGUACUUCAUCAACCAGGGCCUGUUGGAACUCCUAUAUUUCCCAAACUUCUAUCUCUCCCAUGCAGAGCAGUAUCGCUGGUACCAGACACUGUACCAGGUGGGGGUGUUGGUCUCGCGAUCCUCUCUCUGCUGUGUGAAGUUCAGGAGAAUCUGGGCUCUCUCUCUGCUUCAGUGUGUGAACGCGGUGUUGCUGUUAUUGUCGGUGUACUACCAGUUCCUGCCCAGUGCGUGGCUGGUGUUUGUGAUAGUCCUCUACGAGGGGUUGCUGGGAGGAGCUGCAUACGUCAACACAUUCUACUUCAUCAGCAAGGAGACUGGAGACAGACAGAGGGAGUUUGCCAUGGCGGCAGCCAGUGUAGGAGACAGUCUGGGCAUCGCCAUCUCCGGCCUCACAGCUUUCCCAGUCCACAGAUACUUCUGCUCACUAUAAGCGAUAGUAGAGGGAGAAAGACUGGUGGGAAGUGCAAAAGAGGUAGUGUCAUGUUUUGAAGUGCUUGGUAUUUCCUUGGAGGUCUGAAGAAGAGACUCUCUGCAGCUGGGGUGGAUGGAAAUUGCUGAUAAUUAUUGUGUUACAUUUUUGCUUAAAUUAGAGGUCUGUUCAGACACAUCUUCCUGCACCUUAGCAACCUUGCUGGGUGUGGUAGAUUCCUCCAUUUACUUAGAAAUCACAUUGUUACAACUGGUACAAGUUUCAUAUCACUUCGAAAGAUAACGGUCACUAGCCAACUGUAACUUUUAAUAUUUUUCUGCCAUCACCAAAGACAACAUUUGUCAAUGUGCCUUUGAUAAUUAUCAGGAUUUUAUGUUUUAAUAUAUUUCUCUUUUCACUACAUUCCAAUGUCUAGUAUCCUCCAUAUAAAAAAAUGUAACCACUAACUUUUUCUUUGCUGCUAUUGUUGAGUUAUUGAUUACUGUUAUAAAAUUGUGAAUGCUCUAACUUAGCUCUACUAACAGUGUUUUACAUGUGGGCUUUUAUGAUCAAUGUUAUAUUUUGUUGUAACUUUUGAAAACGGACAAGUGAUUAAAGAUUUGAUUUUGAA